UCAGUAUAAAUGCCCCCUAUUUUCUCCCUUUAUUUUUUCGUUAGUUUUGAUAACAUGUAUUUUAUGAUGUAUUCUCGGCGAAAUUGUGUUCGUCUUUAAUGUCAGAAAGAAACACGCUGUGUUUCUGUGUGUUUCAAAUAAAGAAGUCCACAUUACAUAUGGCAGGCUAACUGCCGCUCGGUCCUUCCGCGGAGGGACAUGUUUCCGGGGGACUAGCUGAGGUAGCACAACCUGUGUGCGCUGGGAUAUCAGUCCGUGUUCAAGGUUUUAAUAGUUUUGUUUACAAAAUGGAUGAAUAUAAAGCCUGUAACCUGGAUUAUUUUCCAGAAAACAUCUUAAUUGAUGUAUUGUCGUUUUUGAGCGUACGAGAGGUCGUCAGAGCCGGGAGAGUGUGUAAGAGAUGGAAACGUCUCGUCAAAGACCAAAAACUGUGGAGACUUGUGGAUCUGACUGCAUGGAAAGGGGUGACAUCCCGCAUACUCUGGCUCCUGCUGCGUCAGUACCUGGGUUGUGGACUACGGUGCCUGCGGUUGCGUGGUUUGCUCCUUUCUGCCCGAGGGGGAACCUUUCUGUCUGAGUCUUGGCUAAAAGCUUUGUCCACAAAAUGCCCUCGGCUGAGUAAGCUCUAUCUUCUGCACGCCGACCUGCGAGGCCUGCCCAGUUGCCAGCUCCUCCCUCCAUCUUUGCAGGUCCUAGAGCUGCGUGGCUGUGAGCUGCCGCGAGAAUUCUUUAACCAGACUUCACCUGCUCGUUCCCAAGAAACACCAGAAGCCACAUCCAGUGUUGGUGCUCAACAGAAAAGAAGGGAUCAGAAAGGAAAAGGGCAAGCCUCUCCAUCAGGGAUUGGCAUUGAUACCUUAGUCCUCAACAACGUGCCCUCUUUCACAGACCAGCAUCUGCAGAGUCUGACAACAUGGGAGAGGCUCAGUCGCUUGGAGCUGCGCGACACCUUUCGUGUGACAGCUAAUGGGCUCAGGAGCAGUGCUGCCAAGGAGGCCGUCUGUGGUGUGGAAGGGCUCUCCAGACUGAAGUUUCUGGAAAUUGGCAUCACUGGGCGGCAAGGCUACCAGUUACAGAUGGCCUCCCUCGGGCUGGGGGCAGGAUGGCUGGGCCUGGAGGAGCUGAGUCUGGGGGGUAAGGAGGUGGGGCCGGGAUUGCUCUGCGCCAGCCGCCUGAAGGACCUGAAGGGUCUGUGCCUGUGGGCCUGCACGCUCAGCAAGAUGCAGAUAGUGCGGAGCUGCAGGAUGCUCCGUGGACUCCGCCGGCUGGAGUUUUUGGACGUGAUCUUCCAGCCUCCGCAGUGUCCACCUGUAGUGGAGGGUGAGGGCGGUGGUGGCGGUGGUGGAGAAGAGCAGGACAAUGAUGAAGCAGCGGGUGGAGAUAACAGCAAUGAUGAGAACAGGACACUGGAUGCAAACGAUCCCAUACCCAGUCUGCGUCGCUCACUGGCUGCCCUGCUGCCAUCAUGCUCUGUAGUUUUCACCAACUGCUCUGUUCAGAUUAACCCAGACUAAAUCUCGACAACUCCUUUAUACAGCAAGUAGCAAAUAGAGAUACAGUUCCCUUUCACACAAGCAUAUGUCAUUUUAUGUAGUGUUAUAGGUAUAACAAACUAUUGUUUUUCUUAUUGUGUCAUGAUACAACAAGAUAUCACAAAUUAAGCAAAGCAGGUUCCAGAUAUGAAUCAGAUCUUAUUUUGUUUUUUUUAAGGAUCGCUGUUAAAACAUUUACUGUGUAAUACAUUUUUAGUAAUCUGUCAAAAUGCAGAGGAGUAAAAUUAGAUUUCAACUAAAAAUGGUUGGCUUCUAGAUAAGCAAAAUGUUUCAUAUAAUUCAGGGCUAUUUUUGUUUUUUUAGAUCCAUACAUUUCCAGUUGGUUUUAACAGAAUAUUUUACAAACAUUGUCCUUCAAACUUGGAUAAAAGCUUACUUUUCUUAAUGGUGCUAUAUAUUGUGAUGUACGUAAUACAUUUGUAUGGAAAACCGAAUGAGAAUCUCUUGAUGUGUGAAAUAACCAGACUGUCUUCAAUACACUUUUAAACUUAGGCACAAAAACAACUUGUGAAACUGUCACAGCUAGAGUGUGAAGCCACAAGCAGUCGUACAACAGAAGAGUACAGCUGGCACUGGUUUCCUGUUCCUUCACAAUGUAAACAAUCAGGAAGAAAACACAUCUGAUAUAAGCAGGCGUUUGGUUUUGGGUGUGAAAGAAAAACAGCAAGGGAUAUUUAAAUUAGUGUUUAUCAAGUCCCAAUUCUGUUUCACUUUUACUUUUUACCUUUAGGAUUUUUAGAAAAUAAGAAAUGGUGAUCGUUAAUGUCUGUUUAAUGUGUUUUUGAAAACCAUUAAUGUACUUUUUGGAAAAUCAUUACCUAUAAAAUAGUAGAAAACAUGGAAGAUGUAUGUCUUCGAAGUGAAUUGAAUUGUGAUGCAUUGAAACCAACCAUUUUCGUUUUAACACUCUUUAGAAUACAUAUUAGAAAUUGUUCUGAAUAAAAUAUUUUGAACAAAUA